AAAAAAGAUUGAAAAAAGUAUUAAGAAAAUUGAAAAUUUAUCUACAAGAUUGAAAGAAAAAAUAGAAAAAAUAGAAAAAAGAAUCAACAAAAAAUAAAAAGAAAUUCAAUCAAGAAAAAUAAAAAAACCCAAAAAUUAAUUUAUUUCGACAACGACGAAGGGAAUUCCCCGAAAAUGGAACACUUGUACUAGUCUUAUCAUCGAGUGAAAACAUUGAAGCUACCGGAAGUACACCUUCUUUCUCUCUUUCUCGUCAGACAAAUUUACACGUCAAUCGCGCGUGUGUGUUAUUGUGUGUAUGUGACACAAAAGUGAAAUAUUAUCGCGGUCAAAUUAAUAAUUCACGGGAGACUUGGUGGAUCAAUUGCCUUAUUUUUAACUGUAUUCUAAAAAGUGAUUAGUACAGAAAGUGAUAUUAAAUAUACAUAAAUACAUAUCUUAUUCUUUCAUCUAGAAAGUGAUUUUUCUUUCAUUAUAUAUUAAUUCAGAAAGUGUUUCGCGAUUAAGUGAAAUUUCUUUAAAAAAAAUUCUAAAAAGAAGUGAAUUGGAUAUAAAAAAAAACAACAUUCCCAAUCAAGAUAAGAAGGGAAAAAAGACAACAGAGUCCAUGAGAAGAAGGCGUGAAAAAUUUUUUCGAUGAUGAUGUCUUCAUUUAGAUCAUCAAAAAUGGAUCUUUCAAGAACAAUUAUAUUGAUCAUUCUUCAUGGAAUAUUGGCACUUUGCAAUGGUAAAAUAUUGGAGGAAAAUGCGACAGCAACAACGACAAUAUUUGAUCAAAAUUUUACUGAAAGUACAACGCAAAUAUCAACCGCAACUGAUAAGGUUGAGGGUCAUCUUAUGGAUGACAUACUUCCAGGAACAAAACCACCGACACCUGCUGUGAUUUUUGUCGAUGUUCCUGCACACACGGAAACAAAAUUAGGAGCUCCUGUGGUAUUAUCCUGCAGGACAGCAUUUCCUGUCACCGAGUGUCAAUGGUCCUGGCGACCACUUCCCUCCACGCACUUUCCACUUCCGGAAAUUAAUGACAAUUCCUUUGUUCCUACUUUGAGUACAACAUCAACAAUAUCAACAACACAAGCAUCGUCCCUUCCACUACAACAAUUUCCUGCCUUCGGCAACAAUAGCAAUGACUGUUCUGUGCGAUUUUCAAGUACAAAACAAGCGCAAACGGGCUACUGGACUUGUGCAGCAAGAAUUUCGAAAAAUGAUUCCUUCAUCAGCACACAACCGGCAAAAUUGAGCAUUGUCAAAACAACAAAAGAAUUGCCGAUAAUUUUUGAAAAUCAGGAAAGUACGAUUGAAGCACCUGCCGGAUCGCCGACACAGAUAUUGUGUCGAACAAUGACCCCUGUUUACGAGUGUCAGUGGUCUUGGCGGCAGUUGAACCAGUCACAACCUUGGAAUCUCGAGGUGAAAAAGUUAAAGGCCUUCGGGAAUGAGAGCAACGAGUGCAGCAUCAAGUUCAAGAAAAUUCUACAUGAACGAGAGGGUAUCUGGACCUGUGCUGCACGAAUGAGCGUCAACUCAUCCUUUGUUUUUGCAAAUCCCAUUCGAUUACUCAUCUCCGAAGUUGAGUUCGUGCAACUAUCACGUGGAAUACAAAUAGCUGCCGGUGAGACAGUAUUUCUUCGAUGUCUCGUCAAUAAACCAGUGGUCCAAUGUGAAUGGUCAUUCAAACCAUCAAAUUCAAGCAAGGAACCAACAGUUAUCAAGAAAUUUGCCCCAAGUAAAGAAACAGAACACGAUUGUUCAAUGAAAUUCAAAAAUGUUCUCUACAAAGAAGAAGGUCUCUGGACCUGUGGCGUUCGUCUAUCAACAAAUGGAAUUCUUCACGAAGCACCACCAGCAACAGUGACACUUUUGCCCUCUGGCAAGGUGAAUUUUGUGGAAACACCGGAAGAUAUUUCAGUACCAAUAGGCACAGAGGCUAUUCUCAAGUGUGUGACUAAUGGACGUGUCGAAAAAUGUGCUUGGAGUUGGAGGCCUUUGAGCGGAAAUGAUGAUGAGGUCAUCAUUCACGAAUUCCCCAGUAAGGGUGAAGUCAGUCGUGAUUGUAGUCUCAACCUUCCCCGUGUCUACGCCAAAGAACAAGGUUUCUGGUGCUGUCAAGUUUCCAUUCCUCGAUCAAAUACAAUACUAUCAUCGCCUGUUGCUAAACUCACAAUAUACGAACAAGAGGACAUCAAAUUCUCCGAGUUAUCAACGGACUUCAAUUUAGCGCCGGGUAAAAGUGUACAAUUCAAAUGUGUGACAUCAUCGGCAGUUGAUCAAUGUCGAUGGUCAUUGACGCCAAUCAAUUCAAAUACAACAGUUGUCGUUAGACAAUUUCCACCGGCAGGUACAGAGGACCGUGACUGCAGUAUGAGACUGACAAACGCCCUUGCCGAGCAGGAGGGUCUUUGGACAUGUGGAGCGAAAACUAGAUUUCAACAAAACUACACAGACGCAUCGCCAGCGAAAUUAAAUCUCCUUCAACCAGAACCAGUCACAGUGACACUUUGGGCUGCUCAUCAUCAAGCUGUUACUUUGGCUUGUAAAAUUGGUCCAGUUCCACCAAAAACCGAGUGUCAAUGGCUUCAUGGCAAUGAGGUUCUCAAAAAGAGAGACAAUUUCAGUUCAUCAAUUCAAAACAAAUAUUACAUGCUGAUGGAGCCGCAAAGUGGAGUCUGUACUCUACAUUUUGUCCCUGGACCAUUAGAUUUUGGCCAAUGGAAAUGUCGAUUUAUGUUACCCAAUGAGAAUCUAACAGUUGAAUUGGGAAAUGACAGUCUCCUGCUAUUAGAAGAAAUUGAAAAUGAUACAUUGGGAUGGCUCGUUGGUGUAUUAACAGUAUUAAUAUCAUUUUUAACAAUAAUUAUUGUCGUUCUUGUUGUAUGUAGAGGUCGUAUUUUUCGUUCGAAAAUUCCCUCAAUGUUAGAAACAAUAACGCCAAGUGAGAGGAAACGAAAAGAUGUUCUAUUCAAAAUACAAAAUAUACCAGAUUCAAUUAAAAUUGAACAAACAAAUCAAAAUAAUUUAACAUUACAUAAUGUUUUGCCAAAUCGAAGUCCACGUUUUCAGGAGAAAUCACAAAAAACAAAUCUCACUUCCUACGAAAGUUCAUUAACCGUUCCCCAAUAAUUUAAGUCAGUUAUUAUUCAUUGUGGUAAAGAAUAAAAACCCAAAUACCUCAAUAAAUUGUAUUCUUAUUCAAAAAUUUAAUUUAAAAAUAUUUCAUCCUU